CACGUUCCCACGUGGGAGGCCAUGUGGAUUUGUUUACGUUUUGUAAUGGAGUUUAAAUUUAAUUUCUUCGAUCCACAAGACUUAGUGACGAAAACAGAAGAGACUGAAGAUAACUACCACUCUCCCAUAGAGGCAAACACACAAAGACUUGAGCAGUUUCAAGAGUUAUUCCCAGACAAGUUUGACCAUCACCAAUAUUCCAAGUUUCGACAGAAUAAUUAUAAUUUCAGCAAAGUGAAUAUUAACUGCUACAGAAGUGAGGAUAUAGAGAAAUGGAUUGUAAUUAAAAAUUCAGAAGCAUCUGUUGUUAAAACAGCAGCAGAAUCCCAUUCUGAUUUAGUACCAAAUGUUUAUGAAGGAGGUUUAACAAUCUGGGAGUGUGGUUGUGAUCUAGCUGAAUUUAUUACUGAUGGAAACAUUGACUUUAAACAGAAAUCAGUUUUAGAGCUUGGUUGUGGAGCAGGUUUACCUGGAAUAUGUGCAAUGAAACUUGGAGCAGACCAAGUUCAUUUUCAAGACUAUAAUUCGGAAGUGAUAUCCCAUUUCACCAUUCCAAAUGUAUUAGAACUGAACAACAGACCUUCAUGUCAGUGUAGGUUUUUCUCUGGUGACUGGGAAGAAUUUCAAAAACAUUCCACUAUAACAUAUGAUUACAUUCUAACUGCAGAAACUAUUUAUAACUCUGAAAAUUAUCCCAAACUCCACAAAUUAUUACAACACUUGCUGAAAGAUGAUGGCAGAAUACUGGUGGCAGCCAAGUCCAAUUACUAUGGAGUUGGUGGUGGUACAGGAUUAUUUGAGGAUUUUGUGCAGAAAGAAGGAUACUUCAGUUAUACAUGUGUCAAAACCAUUGAGGCUGGUGUACCUAGAGAGAUUGUAAUGCUAGAGAAAUCCCAGGGAGAACAGCUUUGAUUAUGACAUGUUGGUGAUGUGUGUCAUAUAUGUACUUUGAUAUAAUAUGUUUUACUAUGUACAUGUACAUGUAGUAUGAUUACAUGUAUUAUAGUCCUAAUAUUGACUGUUAAAUUAUAUGUAUUAUAGUCCUAAUAUUGACUGUUAAAUUACAUGUAUUAUAGUCCUAAUAUUGACUGUUAAAUUACAUGUAUUAUAGUCCUAAUAUUGACUGUUAAAUUAAAUGUAUUAUAGUCCUAAUAUUGACUGUUAAAUUAUAUGUAUUAUAGCCUAAUACUGACUGUUAAAUUACAAGUUUGUUGCAAGAAUUUUGUAUUGAGAAUGUGGUAUAAAUUUCCUCACGGCUUUUCAUUUAUUUUUCAUCGUAAUUUCUAUGCUCAUGAUAUACACGUUCUAAGUCUGUCUUGAAAAGACUACAAUGUGAGUAUGUGGUGAAGAAUUUCAAUAAACAUUAAAAUGAU